UUACUGCCACCGGAGGCUCGUUCUUUGUCAUCCAAGCCGAUAAGCUAGGAAGCCAUGCCGGGCAACCAUGCAUACGCGUCCUUGAUGUGCACCGUCCUGGGGUCCAUUUUCGAGGUGUUCUUCAUGUGCUUUAUGGGGUGGAUGUUAUCUCGCAAGCACGUCCUUGACAAAACGACUGUAAAGAAAGUGAACUUGAUCAAUCUUGAAGGAGCUUUGGAUUAUCCCUCUCUGGUUUGUCACUGUCUCUAUCGUGUCCGGGGCGGUUUCGUGGUUCAUGGCCACUACCCUUGGGCUCACGAAGUCGCAGCGCAAUUUCUGCGUGGCAGCAGCAAUGUUUAACAGCACAGACUCACUGCCGAUAGCCCUCAUGCAGAGUUUAGUUCUUACAGUCAGUGACCUCAAAUGGACUUCGGAUGAUACCAUGGAAGCGA